AUGUUAGCUCCAAAGCCUUUGGUCCUAUUCAUCGAUGCAUACGAUAGUUUUUCAAACAACAUCAUCUCCCUAAUCGAGACAACCCUCGAUGUCUCCGUCCGAACAGUCAAAAUCGACGAUUACCAGUUAAAGACCGAUAGCGAGUUGCACAAAGAGCUACAACAUUAUGUUGCGGUAGUCUGCGGACCGGGGCCAGGACAUCCGGAGAAGGAAGAAGACAUUGGCAUUGUUAGGAAGAUAUGGAAGUUGAACGAGGAUCAUGUGUUACCCGUCCUCGGAAUAUGUCUUGGAUUUCAAAGCUUAUGCUUAGAAUUCGGGGGGAAGAUCAAUAGGCUCGCUGGACCGCAGCAUGGAAUGAUUCGCGACAUUACACAUUCAGGAGAACGCCCUGUCAAAUCUUCGCGAUCUAUCUUCUCGGGGGUUGGGCACCUUUCCGCCACUCUGUAUCAGAGCUUGUGUGCUGAUAUUGGACAAGACCGGAUCUCGGAGAGUGAUUGGGAGACAAGCAAAUGGAAGGCCACCGAGGACUGCCCUGAAAUAAUUCCCAUUGCUUGGGCUGAGAGCGAUCUAAGAAAAUCCAGCGAUUCCGGUGUUAAGGAUGCCCGAGUUUUGGUAGGCGUACAACACAAAACGAAGCCUUUCUGGGCACUGCAAUACCACCCAGAGUCGAUUUGUACCAACGACGAAAGCAAACGAGUCAUAAAAAACUGGUUUGAAGCUGUGAAGGACUGGAACCGCGACCGCGACCGAGACAGCGCAGAGAUUGUUGAGCCAUUGCACGGGAAAGCCUUGACUCGCAAGAGUUUGUUACAUCAGUCAGAACAAUUUCGCCCAACCUUGAACGGGUCUGCGACCUUUCCCUAUGGCGAACACUUCAACUCCGCCGCUGAAGAUGCUACGCUGGACGGGAGUUGUAAGCUAGAAUACUUCAGUGAGAUUUUCAGGCACGAUAAGAAUAUUUCAGUCGCUGCUGUUGUCGAAGCAACGCAGCAUGAUCUAUCCAGUCGAAUUGUUCUAGAAUCUUCUAAUGCAUACGAACAGUCUGUCGGAGCCGCUGACGUUCGUGGUCGGUACAGUAUUAUUGCUAUGGAUGUGGACCAGUGCGUUAGAUUUGAAUAUAUCGCUUGGAGUCAUAUUAUGGCGGCAUUCCAUCCCACUGAAGAUGGCGAGACUACACACGAGACUGAUUUACGACAAUUUGGAGGAGUGUGGCCGUUUCUUGCUCAAUACACAGAAAAAAGGCGAGUAACCAAGGGAAAUUCAGACUCGCCUUUCUGGGGCGGCUUUAUGGGUUUUACGACUUAUGAACUUGGCCUUGAGACUAUCGGAGUCGAAUCUCGAAGUCGUCAGAGAAGUCAUGAUCAACCUGAUUUGAGUUUCGCUUGGGUAACUAGGAGUCUGGUCGUUGACCACGUUCUUAACGUUAUCCACAUACAGGAGAUUGCCCCUCAUGGAGCUACACAGAGCUCAAAAGCAUGGAUGAAAGAAACUGCCAGGAUAUUACGAAUUGCGCUGCAAAAGCCAGAGCCUGCCAUACGUGACGAGUCCGGUACUAAACACGAUACAACGUUCAAAGUACCAGCAGCGUCUAGUUAUGAGUCAAAAGUUCUCAAGUGCCAAGAGUAUAUUCGUAGUGGGAAUUCCUACGAACUCUGCCUGACAGACCAGACUACCGUUACAACUCAUUGGAGGCCUAUGAAUUCUUCUUGGAACCUGUACAAGGCUCUUCGAAAACGUCAACCGGCACCCUUCGCGUCUUACAUUCGCUUAGGUACUGGCGAAUUGAUAUCCAGCUCCCCAGAACGGUUCUUGAAAUGGGAUGCAGAAGGGCAUUGCGAGCUUCGGCCGAUGAAAGGCACAGUGCGCAAGUCUGAAGAAGUGGACACAUUGGAAAAAGCAAAGGAGCUCCUGGAUGUUCCCAAGGAAAAGGCAGAGAAUCUCAUGAUUGUGGAUCUGGUUCGGCACGAUCUCCAUGGUGUUUGCGGCAGUGGAAAUGUUACCGUUCCACGACUUAUGGUGGUAGAGGAGUAUAAAAGCGUAUUCCAAAUGAUUACCGUAGUGCAAGGUUCAAUCCCACAGCCCGUCACACACAAAAUCGAGGAUGAAAUUCUAGCCGAGACUGCAGCAAUGGAAAGGAAAACCAGAUACACAGGCCUCGACGUUUUAGCCGCAUCACUACCACCAGGAAGCAUGACUGGAGCACCCAAGAAACGCAGCUGCGAGAUCUUACAGGAUAUCGAGAAGGGUAAGGAACGCAGUCUUUACUCUGGAGUCGUAGGAUAUCUCGACGUUGGCGGCCGUGGCGACUGGAGCGUUACCAUUCGCAGCUGGUUCAAAUGGGACGACGACAUUUACUAUGAUGAAAAACAUGAUUGUGCUAUGGAUGUUUGGAAAGUUGGUGCUGGUGGUGCGGUCACGACACUUAGCACACCGGAGGGUGAGCGGGAGGAAAUGUUGACCAAAUUAAAUGGCACGCUUGGUUUGCUUCAGGGGACAAAGAAAUAG